AAAGAGCUCCGGGGGGUUGAAAUCGCCGCGGUCCCUAAGGCGAAUCCCUCAACAUGGCGGCCUCCACGUCCGCGCAGGCCCCGGUAGGAGACUGCUACUACCCGCGCAAGCUGGGGCCCAAACCCGACGUGGUGCCCACCGAGGUGACGGAGAGGAAGAUCUCCGCCUAUGCCACCUACAGACCCGACAUGGUGUCCGUGGACGUGGCGCGCCUGAACUCGGCAGAACCUGUUCAUAAGACACUACACCUUGGAAAUCAAUAUGUGUCUGGAACAAUCCACCCUUUCCGGAAGUCGCAGCGGUCUCUGCUCAGCAGAUUAAUACAGGAAUCAACACUGGUGGCCUCAGACAGACGGUCAAGAAAGAUCUUUGUGUUUGGAGUCCUCAAUGUUGUUUGCACAGCCCUGCUCAUCACGUGGUGCAGCUCUACAAACAGCAUGGCAUUAACAGCAUAUACCUACCUCACCAUAUUCGAUCUGUUUAGUUUGCUGACCUGCUUAAUAAGCCUAUGGAUCACAAUGAAGAGACCCACAGCCACGUACUCAUUUGGGUACGACCGCUUUGAGGUGCUGGCCGUCUUUGCAUCUACAGUGCUGGCCCAGCUGGGAGCACUCUUCAUUCUCAAGGAGAGUUUGGAGCGCUUGCUUGAGCCCCCUGAGGUUCACACGGGAAGACUUCUCCUGGGGACCCUGGUCGCCUUGUUCUUCCACCUCCUGACCAUGCUGGUGGUCCCCAACAAGCCCUUCACACACGUCUCUGAGGCUGCGUCGACGAGUUGGCUACAAGAGCAUGUCGCUGACCUCAGCAGGAGCCUAUGCGGCGUGGUGCCUGGCCUCAGCAGCUUUCUGCUGCCACGCAUGAACCCAUUUGUCCUUAUCGACCUGGCGGGCUCCCUGGCCCUCUCCAUCACCUACAUGCUCAUCGAAAUCAAUAACUAUUAUGCCGUGGACACCAUGUCUGCCGUGGUCAUCGCGAUGAUGACAUUUGGUACCAUGUACCCCAUGAGCCUCUACAGUGGGAAGGUGCUCCUCCAGACGACACCGUCCCACGUCAUAGGACAGUUGGACAAACUUCUGCGGGAGGCUUCGACCCUUGAUGGAGUGCUGGAGUUCCGCAACGAGCACUUCUGGACGGUGUCAUUUGGCUCCCUGGCUGGAUCAAUGCACGUGCGUGUGCGACGCGAUGCCAAUGAACAGCUGGUGCUGGCCCACGUGACCAGCAGGCUCUCCACUCUCGUCUCACAUCUUACUGUACAGAUUUUCAAAGAUGACUGGAGCAGGGCAAGUGUGUCCACAACCUCCCUGGCCCCAAGCGUCCUGCACAAUGUCGUGCCGCCCCUGACCCAUACCCCUCACCAGCCUCAUGGCCACCACCAUCACGGCUCCCACAACCCCCUCACCUCCACCCCGUCCAAGUCCACCAGCCCGGCGCCAGAGUUCUCCUUCGGCACACCCGGGCGCAGCGUGCAGCCCAUCGUACCGCCCCCGGCCGUCACGCGGCCCGGCACUCGGGCCUACGCCCCUCCCACUGCACACUACCCAGACUCCACAGGCCUCUACAGGGCCUUUGGGAACUCCUCCAGGCCGUUUGGCCCAAUGCCUGGCACCACCGGCUUGCCUUUAGGGGGCAGGUACCCAGCCAACUCUGUACUCCAUGGGCAAUCAUCUUCUAAUGUACCAUCGAGUUCAUAGCAGUGACAAAACUAAUGGACAUUGCUGUGUCCGAGCAGCUAAGCAGUUUUACUAUUUUCUGUUUCGUUUGUCCUUUUAUUUUACGUGGCCACAAUCGUGUUGCAGCUUGAACCACAUCUACGACGAUCUGAAUCUUAAUGGGCUUUGCUGUCUAUAUCCCGGGUCUUAACGAGCUGGCUGUUAUUACCGGUCUAACAGCACUGUGGGUGUGUUAGCGACAGCUGAACACUCAAUUCAUUGUUCUUUAGUUAAUUAUCUCUGAGCCCUUGAAGCUUCAUUAAAUAUGUUUUUUGUGAGGGAGACCUGGGUGCCUACUUGAAUCAAACCGUUAGUGUCAUGCAGACUGGCUCAUGUGUUCUACAUUGACCGCUUAGCUUUCCAGCCACCUAAUAUCACACAGUUAUCAACAGUAAAACCUAUUUAAUAAAUAAUAGCAGCUAUGGUAAAGUUAUAUUUUCUGCAAUAAAGCUCUCAUAAUUUAAGCAUGUGAUUAUGCCUUAAUUAAAAAAAUAUUUAUACAAUUGCUAAGUAUAAUAUAUAUUUUCUGGGUUAUUUCGGUACAGUUACGUAGAAUUGGGAUAAAAUAAUAAAAAUAAUAACAAUAAAAUUCUCACGACGUUUCGGCCACAACACAAGUAGCCUUCCUCAGAUGAAGAAACAGGACUGCCUGGAAGACAGCGCUGUCUUCUGGACAGUCCUGUUUCUUCACCUGAGGAAGGCUAUUGUCCUAUUAAUCAGGGGGUUGUUUGACCAUGUCUCACCAAGCUGGUCAAUGCAGGUUGGUUGAAUGGAUUUUGAGGGAUGAUUUAGGAUUGAUUCAGAUAACACUCGCCAAUGUUAACCAUGGCUGGGAAUCGAACUUGGAUAGCCUGGUUCAAGAAGCCAUGCGCUAACCUCUCCACCACCAUUCCCACCCCAGCUCCAUAAAAUACUCUAUUUGUAAUUUACUUUCCUUAUCGUUAAGUCGAGUUUCGAGGAUAGCAGUUUUCCAAACUUUCAUGUCAGAAAUUGCAAAUGUAACAAUUAUCCAAUGCCAUUGGGAAUUGGUGUAUAAAUGCAACCACACCUUCAACUUCUACAAUUGCCUAUCUUGCAUGGGACUUGGAAAAGCAAACGGACACUAUCAUCUGUGCAAUUAAAAAUACAUUUUUAGUUUAUUCAGGUGACAUGCUAGAAUUAAAUACAUUUAUGGCCCAUGUCACAUAUAUCAGAGCACAGGUUGACGUUUGUACUUAUGGGUCCCAGGUCUAAGGAAUUAAGUAAUUGUGGGUUUGUGGCAUAGAUGGGCCACAUAACCUGCGUGGACAACACAAUUUUCACACAAGAAUUCGCUUUUGUAAUCUGACACUAAGCUUCGAGAGACCCAAGUGUUUUCAAUAUUAAUAUAGGCACAGUAAGGAAGAUGUAUAUUCAGUGUUAUUGUACACAGAUAACAGAGUGAAGUGUCUCAAAAUCCCACAGCAAUGCAAUAUACGUCUUGUGUAUUAGUUGUGUAUAUUUUGGUCCUGUAUAAAGUGCCUCUGUUUGGUGAGCUUGGGACGUUGUUCUACAAUGAUGUUCCUUAGGCCAGUGGCGGAUGUUCUCCAUUCCUAUGGUAGGAUGGCCAUGAACGAUUUGUUACAAAGUGGUACUUCAUUUGUCGACCCUGGCCGUAACAGUUGCUCAGUCAAUUGAAAACUUGGAUUUGAACUCAACAGUUUCAUGGCGAGUUGAGCACUUUCACAAUGACACAGAUAAUAGCGAACAAGAAAUAUAUUUUAUAAAAUGUUUGGUCUCCCACUUAGCUAUCUCAGUAUUUUAUCAAAUAUGGUGUUAGACUGUAUUGCCCACUGAACAUUUAAUCCGGAUAAAAUAAGUCACGAUUAAAACUGGUGCUGUCAAAAAAAAUCUAAUUUAAGCAAUUCACAAAAGUGGCCUGAAACAUGGCCUAUUUUUUAUGUUGAAUUUAAAUUUGAGCCACAUUCUAAAUGGUACGUUGUGUGAUCUUGCUAAGACUUGGGGCCAAUGUAUUUUUGAAGUUUUGAAAUGCAUUUAAAUGAUCACAUUUAAGGGGGAUUUUUUUCAGACCAAGCAGAUUCAACACAUUGUGACCACUCAUGAGAAUUCAUUUGGUGUAAAUAAUGUUUCUUUCUCAUACUAUAACAGUAAAUGGAUCCCUGUUGCCUAUGUGUAUAGCCCAUGUAUUUAAAUAACCAAUGUUUGUAAAAAAAAAAUACAUCACUGCAGUAACUUUAGCAAGAUGGUAGUUUUGGUAAUUGUGGAGUGUAAUGAGCAUUGCGGAAAAUUCUGCUUAAUUGUAUAGUUAAAAACAAAUUCCUUGUGCUUUAUUUGCUAUCCAAUUGCUAAUGAACAGCAAGACAAUUUUGAGCGGUGCUUUCAAUUUACGUAAAAUCCAGGCAAUGUUGGCCUCAUUCACAUUUUGUACGAAGAAACAAAAAACAUCUGUGUAAUGUAAACCUUGAUUUUUACGCCAAGUUUAAUAUGACGAGCUGUCAAGCAUUUAAUACAAUACAUAAUUUUUACAGUACGGUGUUUGUUGAAAAUAUAUAUAAGGUCAUUGUUUGCCGAAAUUGUUCUGUGCCCAUUAAACGAUGCAACUUAUCUCGGUAA